AUGGGAAUUGCAAUUAUCGGGUUUGUUUUUCCACAUAACAUGCAAGCUACUUUGGAAGAAUCAUUCACUGAUAAAAUUAUUCACACUUACCGUGAUGAUCCAGAUUUACAAAACCUCAUAGAUUUUGCUCAGAAAGAAUUUCAAUGUUGUGGUCUUAGUUCAGAAGGAUAUAUUGAUUGGUCAAAAAAUGAAUAUUUCAACUGUACAUCACCCAGCGUUGAGAAGUGUGGGGUGCCUUAUUCGUGUUGUAUCAAUGCAACAGAUAUUUCAAAAGGACUUGUAAAUGUCAUGUGUGGUUACGGCGCUCAAGAUAGUUCUGUUGCUGAAGCUAGUAAAAGAGUUUGGACUAGUGGAUGUAUUGAAGUUAUCCGUAUAUGGGCUGAAAGAAAUUUAUAUACAAUUGCAGGAGUAGCAUUAGGUGUUGCCCUAUCUCAGCUACUUAUUAUCAAUUUAGCCAAAACAUUAGAAGGACAAAUUGACUUACAAAAAUCCAGAUGGGCUUCUUGA